AUGGGUCGGAUCAUAUCGAACUCGUCCAGAACCCAAUACGUUAUAUUACAAAUGUUGGGCCAGAACCGACCCAAGAAUUGGAGAGCUGAAAAUGGCGAAGGAAGGAAGCUGAAAGUUGAACGUUGCUAUUAUUUUCUGGGCAUAGGUGGAGCUGAAAGACUAAUUGUUGAUGUGGCUGUUGAACUUGUAUCCCAUGAAGUUCACCAUGACAAAAAUGGAGACCCCAUAAAAGCUCAUGGCACUUUUCAAGUCGUCUUGGUGUGUGUACUCUGA